AUAUGUUUUGUGAAGGUUUUUUUUCUCUCUUGUUUUCCUGGAAAGGUCCGUGGUGACGCAUUCAGAGCGUAUUAUAAAGAGGCAGGAGAUCCUCCGCCUUGACAACAGCUUUGGGGAGAGACACGCGCACACUGCACGCAACUAUGGAAACCGUAGAGAUUAUCCUCACAAUGUUGGUGAUAUACAGCAGCACAGUGUCAUUUGUGCUCUCUCAAAACGAGACCACGUAUUUGCGAGAGAUUUCCCCUGGAAAGACAGUUUUGUGUAAACGCUGCCCUCCAGGAUACCGUCUACAGGAGCACUGCACGGAGAAGACGCAAACCGUGUGCAAGCCGUGUACUGUAGGAUAUUACACAGAGGUCUGGAACUACAUCUAUGAGUGUCUACCUUGCUCAUGGUGCCGGUCAAGUCAGUUCGAGGUACAGAAGUGCACGAGUACGACUAACCGCAAGUGUGGGUGCAAGGAAGGCUUUUAUCUCUACACCUCGGACAUCUGCCGGCAACAUACUGUGUGUCCAAAAGGACACGCUGUCAUACAAAAAGGCACUCCAUUCAAAGAUACAGUGUGUGAGCUUUGCAAUUCAGAUGAGAGGCUUCUGCAUCGUGGCAUUAAUCAAAACGUGUGUGUUAGCUGCAGCAAUAUUGCAAACGAAGGUUGGGUUAAAUUCAUCAUCCAGCCCUUUAUAGAAAUCUUCAAGAAUCACAGUACAAGAAAGUUACAGCGCUUCAUUGGAAACUUAACAAAUUCAUUGGAUGAAUGUUCAUCCAAUGAGGAUUCCUGUUUCCAGAAGCUGGAGCAGUGGUUUAGUAAAGCUACAGAGGAGGAGGUCAUCAACCUUCCCAAACUGAUGCAGCAGUUCAAUAUAAAGAGUCUUAACCUGACCACUAAAAUCGAGAAGAGACUUAAGAUGAUCCUAGAUGAAGUCAAUAUGUGCAGAAACAAGUUGCCCGUUCACAAGUGAUUCCUCUGUUCUGUUUUUUUUUUAAGUUCACAUUUUAUUUCAUUGCACUUCAUUCAUUCAUUUUCUACCGCUUAUCCGAACUUCUCGGGUCACGGGGAGCCUGUGCUUCUCAGGCAUCAUUGGGCAUCAAGGCAGGAUACACCCUGGACGGAGUGCCAACCCAUCACAGGGCGCGCACACACACACACUCUUUCUUUUAUUUAUGAAUAAAUUUGUCAAAACUUGAAGUGAAACCCACUGCAAGAUUAAUGCAUGAGAUGUUAACAGUCUUAUAAAAGAAAAAUCAGAAAUCGAAAAAUGACACUGAAAAUGUUUUUUAAUGUGCUUUUUAUUCUGUGUUUUAGGACUAUGUUUAAUAUUUAUGUCUUUUUUAUUUUUGGUUUGGUUGUAAAAUGUCUGUACAUUAAAAACAUUUUUAGGUGCCCUUAAGGUAGUGCCUCACUUAGUAAGUAGCUAAUAAGUAAGUAGCUAAUAUGAUUAGUGCUUUGUACUGUAUCACUAAUGUAUUAUUUUUUUCAACAAUACCAUGAAUAAUACAUUGCCAGACUGCCUCAUGCAACAUUAUUACCUCUUCGUGUUUUUUUUUCUUUUUUGUAUUUUUUAAAAUUGUUUUUGACUUCAAAAAUGAAACAUUUUCUAUGUCCACUAUGGUGUCAUGAAAUCUGCAGAGAAAUAAAAUGCAUAUAUACAAAACUA